AUGGACUCCUCAUCCUUCAUAUGGCGGAUGUCCACAAUUCUUGGAAGUGUUGUCUCCACAUUUGCAGUUCUUACCGUAAUCAUUGGCCUGCCUUUAAUGCACAAUCAUGUUCAGAAGAUGACCACUUUGAUGCUCACCGAGGUCGAGUUGUGUAAGACCGAAACCCAAGACAUCUGGAAGCAAAUGAAGUUCUCCCGUCAAGCGCCAAACCGUACCAAACGUCAGUCGCCAUAUGGUAACUACGGUGCCUCGCCAGCCGGUUCCUGCUGUGCUUGUACUCAGGGAGCACCCGGUCCACGUGGAUCACCAGGAGACGAUGGAGAACCAGGAAGAGAUGGAUUCCCGGGAAGAGAGGGAGAUAAUGGUGUGGCCGGGAAAUAUCUUCCAGCACCGCCACCAGGGACAAACGCCUGUCAGAAGUGUCCACCAGGCGCGCCAGGCCACCAGGAUUGCCAGGGCCCCUGUUCCCAAGCAUGGUUAUGUCUCUGGUUCCCAUCCAAUAUUAUCAAUAAAGCACAUUUUGCAGGACCAAAAGGACCCCGUGGACCGGCUGGUUUCGAAGGCAAACCAGGCCGCCUUGGAGAGGACAACCGUCCAGGACCCCCAGGACCACCAGGAGUACGUGGAGAACCAGGAGCAUCUGGAGAGAAGGGACCAACCGGUGAUCGUGGAAAAGUGCUCAAUGGAGCCCCACCCGGACCAACGGGACCACCAGGAAAGGUCGGUCCACGUGGAAUGGCCGGUGGUAAGGGACACGAUGGAAAACCGGGACUUGGAGGGCAACCGGGAGUCCGUGGAGCGGUUGGAUCACGAGGAGACGCUGGAAAUCCGGGUCUUCCUGGACCACAGGGACCAAAAGGAGAGCCAGGGAAUCCGGGAACGUGUCAUCAUUGUCAGAAUAAGGCUCCGCCGGCUCCACAGCCAACGCCACAGGCGGCUCCUCCACAAGACUACGCUAGGCCAUCUGCACCAGAGAGCUAUCCAUACAUAUACUCGUGUAGUAGUUACCAACAACGGGAAAGGGAGAGAGAGAGUACUGCAAAAGGAGAGACGACGAGAGAAAAAAAGAACAAAAGAAGAGCAAAAUUAACGAAUUAA